UAUACAAGGAGGUUGUUUCAGUAGCGACCCAAGGUGCAUUACGCCGUUUGAUAUAUUUUUUUUUCUAGAAACUUCUAUUACUAAUAGAAGAAGCACUAGAAUUUAACUGAGCCAUUUCGAUCUAAUCCAUUAUUAGCACUAUGCCAGGAAAAAAAAUCAUCGACUAAUUGGAAAUAGAGAAAUAAUGUUUCUCCUUAGCUCGUGCGGAUAAGAGAACUACGCAUACAUAUAGAUGUUGCUGUGGCUGGUCAAUAAUUAAAGUUUCCUGCUUUUUUAAAUAAGAGCCUCAAAAGAGAAUUUAUUACACGAUAAAGUGAUUGUAUGUGAUUACAGGAAGUUAAUACUAGGUAAUCUCAAUUCAAUUUCUUUUGCCUUGGCAGAAGCAGAGCAAAAGGCAAUGUGAACAGAGGGUCAAUUGUUACAACUUGUACAGCCAAACUGCCAAACUUAUUUCUCCAAAAUGAUAUAAGAACAACAAUCUACUAAUUAGGUCCUAUUGAAAGUCAUUUACGGAUUAUAACAACAAUUGCAAUUACUAUAAAAUGCAUUCGACAGAGAGAUUUUAUGUUCUGCUCCUCCAAAUAUGCAAAAUAUAGAUCUAAAGAUAGAAUUAUAAUUUCGAGAAUUCUAUAUAGAGGAUUUUUUAUCAUGCAUUUUGCUAAGUUACAUAACAUACUACUGUAUAGUAACAACCGUUUCGCCUCUAACAUUAUAUUUUACCAAUAAAUGGUUCUAUUAGAAAAUAAAGGUUUCAUGUGUAAAACACACAUAACUUUUUCACACUGAAAUAUAGUAACUUACAUCGAUGAUAUGCUUAUUGCAUUAUUGGCUGCAAAUCAGAAAGUCCACAUUUGAUUUGGAAUCUGCAUUUCCAUGUCAAAAUCUCCAAAGGAAAACUAUUAAACUAGACCAUUUUCGUCACCGAGUCAUUUUAUCAAACACCUCUCGUCAUCCGUCGUCCCUGAGAGCUCUUUCGCCGGAGAUUCAGCUAACGACGGCGCCAUGGAGGCGGGAUCCGUCGGCUAAUUUUUCUCCGGCUAGUCGGGGAUUUGACUGGGCUUAUGUAGUCCAAUGGUUUUGGCGGAAUACUUGGGCUGACGAAUAAUAAGGGUAAACUCGUCCACUUUCCCUUUCAAAACGACUUAUUUUGGUCAAGUUUCAUUUCUAUAUCAAUUUUUACCAAACUCGUCACCAUUUCACAAUUAAAGAGAGAGGGAGAGAGGCUGAUUGAUUGAAUUUGAGGUAGAGAGAGAGAAAGAGAUGACUGUUGAUAGAUAGAUUUAAAAAAGGGCUUUUGUAGAGGUGGGGUGGGGGAAUCCCCAUCAAGCAGAUCUGUAGACCUGGGAGAAAAUGUGAAAGAUUCCAUCGCAAAGGGAUAUCCAUUAGAUUCUCGUCAAUUUUCUCCCUUUUCUAUUUGCUUUUGCAAAUUUUCCCUAUUUUCUGUACGAGGAUGGCGAUUUUGCGUUCUUACAUAUGUAGGGAUACAGUUUAGGCAAAGGCCCACUCUGCAAAAAUCUUGCCUUUUCUGCAUUGACCCUUUAUUAUUGGGAGCAUUUUCAUUCGAUAUAACUCACGCGGUGGGUGAGACUUGAGAGUGUGUGUGUGUGUUUGUGUUGAAUGGUGUAAUAAAAAAGAAAAAGUGAGAGGAAAAAUUAAGAUCAAAAGGGGAAAAAGUAUGUUGGAAUUGAGAGAGGAAGGAGGGUGCUAUCCAGAGAUGGUGAUGGGAGUGAGUGUUGGGCUGGCUUGCGUUGAUGGCUUGAUUGCAUUUCUUGCUUUUUAUCAGGGUUUGGAUUUGGGUUUUAGUGAAAAGUAUUGGCAAUCUGAUCAGAAUUCAUUCAAGAAAUUCGCAGCUUGGGUGGACCCGUCAAAAGGUUACUUCCUUUAUUUUGUGUUAACUCCUGUUGCUGCUUGUAAAGGAUGGAUUUGCUGGUCAUAUUCAUGUGGUUUCAUCGUCAUGGCUUUCCCGAAAAUUCUGUUCGUUGCAGCAUUUCUUCUACUAUUGUCAUUUUGGGUUGAUCUUUGUCAUCAGCCAAGUGAUGAUGAAGAAGAUGAAGGAUGUAGCACACACGAAGCACUUCUGGAGAAGAUUAAUAAAACUUCUUCUAACUCUAAUGGUCAGCGAAGGUGUUGCACAUUUAAGUUGCAUAGGAUAGGAAGUCGCCAAAAAAUUGUGAUUCUGGUAUAUGUGGAUUUCAUUUCCGUAAUUGCUCUGUUGCUUGGAGGAGCCUUGGCAUGUUACGGACUUUCGUUGUUCUUGAAAAUGAGAAAAGUGAGAGCCGAUCGAGCUUCCUGGGAAAGGUGGAAGGUUGCUGGUUUGGCCAUUGUAUGUGUCGUAAGCUUCACAUCAAGUGCUUCUAUUGCAAUCGGCACAAAUAUACCUCUGCUUUAUAGCUGGCGUGAAAAACAGAUCGAUGGUGUCUACAGCUCCCUUUUGCUGUUUUUUUAUUAUUUCAUAGGUUCGUCAGUGCCAUCAGCCUUCAUUUUACUUGUGAUGAGAGAAUUACCAGCUCGUGUCUCGAUUAAUCGGCCACAAGAAUCGGAAACAACCAUAACAUUCAUAUCCGAUGGUUCGAGCUCAGCUCAUUAUCAUCCGCCACGUUGGACGGAUAUAGCUAGUGUUCAAAAUCAGGUUGCAAUUCUUUUUUGUAUCAAGAGCAAGUCCCAUAUGAAAUCGAUCGGUCGAAACGUGGAUACGUGAUUUAGAACUGUGACUAGGAAGGAACAUCAGAUGAAUGCUACUUAUUCAGCCAUGAAGAUGAGAUUGAGCUAAGAUAACAAGCUUUAGGACAUUCACUUUCAAAAAAUUACAGCUGAAAAGACAGCUUGCCUGUGUGCUUAUUUUCUUGAUCAACUCAUUUUUAUGCUUCACCUAUGGGAAAAAAUAGCAUUCUAUUUUUAUGCUUCAGCUAUGGGAAGAAGAA